UUGGUGACUCGUCUCCUACCCUACCAACAUGAGGGCCUGGCCUGGAUGUGCAAUCAGGAGGAGGAGGCCGACUGUAGGGGUGGGGUCCUCGCCGAUGAGAUGGGCAUGGGGAAGACCCUGCAGAUGAUCUCCCUUAUAAUAAAACGGCGCCCACAAGUCCAGGGGCCGACCUUGGUGGUGUGCCCCCUGGCAGCUGUGGUGGUAUGGGUUGAAGAAAUACGACGGAGUGUGUCUCCGCCGGGGCUGUUGAAGGUUCACGUGUACCUUGGUACGAAGAAAGCGGUGAAGGCCGAGCUGGAGGAAUACGACGUGGUCAUCACCUCGUACAACACUUUGGAGACUCAGUAUCGGUCUCUCACUGCAAUUUUCGAAAGGGUGGUAUGCCAGUAUUGCAAGAGGAGCUUCAAGCUCAGCUCCUUGCCGGCUCACCAUACUAGCUGUAUAAAAGAGUAUCAGAGGAAGAAGAACGAGAAGAUAGCGGUGAAGUGUCGCGAGUGGGUGAAGAGGGAGAUGGACUCUCACCAGUACAGGACACCAGAGCGUAGAUCGAUGGUGAAGUUAGAAGGGGGUAGCAGUAGAAGUACCAUGGUGAGCAGUGAGUGUAAGAUGGAGCUGAGCCCGUGUGUGAAGAAGACGAUCAUCAAGCGUCGGAGUACACCCCCCUCGGCGAGGCGUGUGCUGGGACAGCAGCGGAGAGCAUUGAAGGGAGGCAACGGGUUGCAUAGCGUUCAAUGGGGCCGCAUUAUUCUGGAUGAGGCCCACAGAAUAAAAGGCCGUACCAAUAGUACGGCGAAAGCGAU